AUGGAUUCGCGCAAUCCCGCAGAGCAGGAGGCGUCCACAAACGCUCAAAAACCCGCCACAACCGUUCUGCAAGAGUAUCUUAAGGAGGAGAAUCAAAGAGGCCAGCAAGAUCUUUCUCUGUUCCCAGAGGGGUAUGACCGAAGCUCGUUCAACGGUACACCUCGAUCAACCUGGCCUCAGAUGUUCUUUCUAGCAAACUCACCGGCGUAUCUUCAGCAGGGCCUAGAGAAGAAGGAUCAGACUCCGAUGACGGGACAGCAGGAUCAGUCCAGCUUGAAUAGACCGCUCGAAUCGCGCAGCCUCUUCACAUCAAAUCCCUACCUUUCGCCGUACACUUAUCAAUACAGCAACCCUCAGAUUAGAGAGGAUAUAACCCGAGAGGAGCAAUCUCUGGCGAUCACAGAUCAAAUGCGAACAGGUAACAAUGGUUGGGAGGGCGAGGGCAAUGGACGACAGGAUCUUCUGCCGUAUGGGCACUCACCAUACCCGCGGUAUCCAGACGCCUUCUCACAGGUCUUCACGAAUAACCUAAACAACGUGGAAAGCAGUCGUGAACCGCUCUACAGAGCAGAUGAAGCCAGUGAAGCUCACGAAUACACCGAUCACGGUCUAGCGACUGUACCUUCAGCGUUCUCUACGCCCCGCAAAGCCUCCAGUGAAGCUGCUACCCUCGAUCACUCCCCCGCCAGCCCGAACAGACCGGUCCCUAAUACUUACAAGCGCGUAAACAUCCUCGAAUCGGAAAUGGUUCAAAUUAGACCCAGCUACAAGCGACAGUUCGCCAUCGGAUCCACAAAACAACGCACAUUGAGACUUACGGUAGAUGAGCACAUGGCCCUCCUGGAUCUCCGUGGAGGAAUGACGAGAGUUGGAUCUACGAGACCUCGAGCGGUGAAAGGACUUCCGGAAGGCUAUGUAGAGCUGGAGAAGGAGAGAAGAACUGCAAAGGAACGAAUGCGAUCAAUGACUGCAGGAAGCGCGAGCACCGGUGCCGACAUGUAUACGAUGGGCUCAUUCGCUGAUAACACACCAACUACUCCUAAGUUUGAUUCCGCCAGCACUAGUCAAAUGAGGUAUGGGCUUCGUUCUUAUCCCGCUACUAUGCCAGCCCCUUCCCCGUUCGAUCAUUCCGAAUCUGCGAGCGCUAGUACCCAGAGCUACAUAUUUCAGAAUCACAUUGCCAGUAUGGCUUCUCACCCCGAGUUUGCUUUGCCUGUGCAACCACACAAUAAAAUUGGACCCGACACCGCAUCUGGCAUUGAUAGUUUUGGCGACGAACCGGCGGUUAACGAACAAGAGCUCUGA